UUGUGGUUCCGAUUCCAUUCCCCUCUCUGCCAUCGUCCCUUCUGAAGAGAGUUCAGUAUUUGAACAUUUACAGGUCUCACUCUCUCUCUAGUUUGGAACUGUCCAUUCUCCCUGUUUCUUUCUCUCUUAUGUGAAGAGUUCCCUUUUCUCUCUCCUUUAUAGUGGAAGAUAGAAGCAUACCUUUUACAGUUGCAACUGUUAAAUAUGGCCAAGGGUCCCGGACCAUUCUCAGACAUUGGAAAGAAAGCUAGAGAUCUCCUAACUAGAGACUACAAUUAUGAUGAGAAGUUUACAUUGACAAUGUUAAGUGAUAAUGGGCUGGCACUUACAACUACCGGAUUGAAGAGGGGGCAAUUCUUUACUGGAGAUCUAAGCACACAGUACAAGAGUGGAAAUACCACUGUAGAUGUGAAAGUGGAUACCAAUUGUAAUAUCACGAGCACGAUCACUGUCAACGAAAUUUUUCCUAGCUCAAAGACAGCACUCAGCUUUAAAAUACCAGACCACAAGUCAGGCAAACUCGAAGUGCAGUACCUCCAUGACCGUGCAGCCAUCAAUUCAAGCAUUGGCUUGACACCCACCCCUCUGCUCGAAUUUUCAGCAGCUGUGGGCAAUGGGGAGGUGAGUCUCGGUGGUGAGGUUGCAUUUGACACGGCUACUGCCUCCCUAACCAAGUAUAAUGUGGGCAUUGGCUUAACCAAGGAAGAUUACUCAGCAGCUCUUAUGGUAGCCGACAAGGGGGAGACUUUGAAGGCUUCAUAUCUUCACACUGUGAAUCCAGUCAAUGGAACUGCUGUUGCUGCUGAGAUUUCCCACAAGCUCACAACAUACGAAAAUAAUUUCACCAUUGGUAGCUCUCAUUUUGUGGAUCCUUACACCAUGGUCAAAACCCGGUUCAGUAACGAUGGGAAGGUAGCUAUGCUCUGCCAAAGGCAGUGGAGGCCAAAAUCCUUGAUGACCUUCUCUGCUGAAAUGGAUCCAAAGACUGUAAGUUCCACCAGGUUUGGCCUUGCAGUUGCUCUCAGGUCCUAAAUUUCUCUCUCUGUGGUUAAGCAAGAAUAUUCAAGUUACCAAAAUUCACAAUACUAUAGGUCACUCGUAUAAGUGAGCAAGUGAUUCAGAUUUAUACCCACAGCACUAUAGGUCACUCAUAAAAGUGAGCAAGUAGUUUUGAUUUAUUUGCACUCUCUUGCUCCUCUCUCUCACUAUUUUUUGUGUCGUAAAUUUUUAAACUCAGCUGGUUUUGGUUUGUCUUGUUUGUAUUGAGAGAAAAGGUGGGGGGCAGUCGCAAACUAUUUUUCUCAAACAUUUUGGUACGUAAGGAUGAACCCAAUUUUGGGGGAGAUUUGAUUGGUGUAAAUCUUGUCUGUGAUGAUUCUGACUGUUCUUGCAUCGACUGUAUUACUAGAUAUACAAGUCCUAUAUAUCAAGUCGCAAC